GCAUAAAUGGCGUCGUUACCACCGGGGAAUCCACCUCCUCCGCCUGGAUUUGAGCCUCCAAAUCAACCUCCUCCACCUCCUCCUGGAUAUGUAAAAAAGAAAAAGCCAAAAGUACCAGCUCCUGGCGGUAAUUUAGAAAAGCAACUAAGUGAGCGUAACCGAAAAUGGGGCGCUUCCCAAAAAAGCAAGUUUGGACCCAAAAGGAAGCAAGGAUUUGUUCAAACAGAAAAGGCAGAUCUUCCUCCUGAACACUUGCGUAAAAUUAUGAAGGAACGCGGUGAUAUGGCAUCUAAAAAAUUUCGUGCAGAUAAGCGCUCCUACUUGGGUGCACUGAAGUAUUUGCCUCAUGCUGUUUUAAAAUUGCUUGAAAAUAUGCCAAUGCCAUGGGAAGAGUACAGAGAUGUACGGGUUUUAUACCAUGUUACAGGUGCCAUCACAUUUGUGAAUGAAAGUCCUCGCGUAAUUGAACCACAUUAUAUAGCUCAAUGGGGAAGUAUGUGGGUUAUGAUGAGAAGGGAAAAGCGUGAUAGGAAAAAUUUUAAACGUUUACGAUUCCCUCCGUUUGAUGAUGAGGAACCACCAUUCUCAAUUGAUCAAUUAUUAGACUUGGAACCUUUGGAAGGCGUGCGGAUGGACUUAGAUGAAGAAGAAGACGCACCGGUGUACGAUUGGUUUUAUGAUACCCGUGCUCUUGAGGAUACGCCUCAUAUUAAUGGACCUACUUACAGAAAAUGGCGAUUGAGUCUGCCGCAAAUGGCAAAUUUGCAUCGUUUAUCCUAUCAACUUUUGAGUGAUUUAAGAGAUGAUAAUUAUUUUUAUUUGUUUAAUGAUCAAAGUUUUUUCACUGCUAAAGCUUUGAAUGUGGCAAUACCUGGUGGACCCAAGUUUGAACCGUUAUAUAAAGAUGAAGCCCCAGAAACUGAAGAUUGGAAUGAAUUCAAUGAUAUUUAUAAACUUAUUAUUAGACAACCGAUUCGAACCGAAUACAGAAUAGCUUACCCAUUUUUGUAUAAUUCGAGGGCUAGGAGUGUCGCACUGAGUGAAUAUCAUCAGCCAACGAAUGUAUUCAUUCCACCAGAGGAUCCAGAUUUACCUGCAUUUUUUUGGGAUCCAUUAAUUAAUCCAAUAACCUCACGUCAGUUACGAUCCCAACAACUUACAGUCUCACAUGAAGAUGAAACACUUAAUGAUGAAGAAGACCUUGAGGUUCCUUUCGAUCCUUUCUUCGUUGACGAAGACUUGGAGUUCGAACAUACUGCUAGCGCAUUGACGUUAUGGUGGGCUCCACAUCCUUUCAAUAAACGCUCUGGUAAUACCAAACGAGCACAGGACGUACCACUGGUAAAGCAAUGGUAUUUGGAACAUUGCCCUCCGAACCAACCGGUGAAAGUCCGUGUUUCUUAUCAAAAGUUGUUAAAGUCGCAUGUUAUGAAUAAGCUUCAUACACCUCAUCCAAAGCCACAUACAAACAGAAAUUUGUUCAGGCAAUUGAAAAACACAAAAUUUUUCCAGAGCACAACGAUCGACUGGGUUGAAGCUGGUCUUCAGGUUUGUCGUCAAGGUUACAACAUGCUUCAGUUAUUAAUCCACCGCAAGGGACUUACUUAUUUGCAUCUGGAUUAUAACUGUAAUUUAAAACCCACUAAGACCCUUACCACCAAGGAAAGAAAGAAGUCGAGGUUUGGUAAUGCUUUUCAUUUGAUGCGUGAAAUUCUUCGACUUACGAAGUUGAUCGUAGAUUCUCAUGUACAGUAUCGUUUGGGAAAUAUCGAUGCUUACCAGCUAGCUGAUGGAUUACAUUACACCUUCAACCAUAUUGGUCAACUAACUGGUAUGUACCGUUAUAAAUACCGCUUAAUGAGACAGAUCCGAGCUUGUAAGGAUUUAAAGCACUUAAUCUAUUAUCGUUUCAAUACUGGACCUGUUGGUAAAGGACCUGGGUGUGGAUUCUGGGCUCCAAGUUGGCGUGUAUGGCUUUUCUUUUUGAGAGGCAUCGUUCCUCUGUUAGAACGUUGGUUGGGUAAUUUACUUGCUAGGCAAUUUGAAGGUCGUCAUGCCACCGGAGUUGCUAAGCAAGUUACAAAGCAACGUGUUGAUUCUCACCAAGACUUGGAAUUGAGAGCUGCUGUUAUGAAUGAUAUUUUGGAUAUGAUUCCUGAAGGCAUUCGUCAAGGUAAAAGCAAGACAAUUUUACAACAUUUGAGUGAAGCUUGGAGAUGCUGGAAAGCAAACAUUCCAUGGAAAGUUCCAGGCUUACCAGCUCCUAUUGAGAACAUGAUCCUUCGCUAUGUAAAAUCUAAAGCCGAUUGGUGGACAUCGGUUGCUCACUUUAAUCGUGAGCGUAUUCGCCGUGGAGCAACUGUCGACAAGACAGUAGCAAAGAAGAAUUUAGGAAGAUUGACCAGAUUAUGGUUGAAGGCUGAACAGGAAAGACAACACAAUUAUCUUAAAGAUGGUCCUUACGUUACAGCUGAUGAAGCUGUUGCUAUCUAUACCACGGUUGUUCAUUGGUUGGAGAGCCGUCGCUUUCAGCCGAUUCCCUUUCCUCCAUUAUCAUAUAAACAUGAUACCAAACUUUUAGUUUUGGCUUUGGAAAGACUUAAAGAGGCGUAUUCGGUAAAAGGUCGCUUAAAUCAAUCUCAACGAGAGGAAUUAGCAUUAGUUGAACAAGCUUAUGACAAUCCUCAUGAAAUGUUGUCCCAAAUAAAAAGACGGUUACUUACAAUGCGAACUUUUAAAGAAGUUGGCAUUGAAUUUAUGGAUAUGUACUCGCAUCUAAUUCCAGUAUAUUCUGUCGAUCCAAUGGAAAAGAUUUGUGAUGCAUACUUGGACCAAUACCUUUGGUUUGAGGCAGACCGUCGUCAUUUAUUCCCUUCUUGGAUCAAGCCUGGCGACUCCGAACCUCCUCCGCUCCUUGUAUACAAGUGGUGUCAGGGUAUCAAUAACUUAAGUGAUGUUUGGGAAACUGAAAAUGGUGAAUGUAAUGUAUUAAUGGAAUCAAGUUUAUCAAAGGCUUUUCAAAAAGUUGAUUUAACUCUUUUAAAUCGACUUCUGUCAUUACUUAUGGAUACUAAUCUUGCAUCCUAUGCAAGUGCUAAAAACAAUGUUGUUUUGUCUUACAAAGAUAUGUCUCAUACUAACUCAUACGGACUAGUCCGCGGACUUCAAUUUUCAAGUUUCAUCUGGCAAUUUUAUGGACUUGUGCUGGACUUACUCAUUCUUGGCCUCCAAAGAGCUACUGAAAUUGCCGGGCCUCCUGAAUUGCCUAACGACUUUUUACAUUUCAAAGAUAAGGCUACGGAGACAAGGCAUCCAAUUCGUUUAUAUACAAGAUAUAUUGAUCGUAUUUACAUAAUGUUCAGAUUUAGUGCGGACGAAGCUCGUGAAUUGAUCCAACGGUUUUUGAACGAAAAUCCUGAUCCUACGAACAGCAAUGUCGUAAAUUAUUCAAAGGGAAAGAAAAAUUGUUGGCCAAGAGAUGCUCGGAUGCGCCUUAUGAAGCAUGAUGUUAAUUUAGGCCGUGCAGUAUUUUGGGAAAUACGCAAUCGUUUGCCUCGUUCUUUGACUACCUUAGACUGGGAAGAUACAUUCCCAAGUGUUUACAGCAAAGAUAAUCCCAACUUAUUAUUCGCGAUGGCUGGCUUUGAAAUACGAAUACUCCCUAAGGUUCGACAAAUUGAGGAAUUUACUUUGAGAGAUGGCGUAUGGAAUUUGUCCAAUAAUUUAACUAAAGAACGGACAGCGCAGGCAUUUAUUCGCGUCACUGAUGAAGAUAUAAAGAAAUUCAGUAAUCGUAUCCGUCAAAUUCUUAUGUCUUCUGGUUCGACCACAUUUACCAAAAUUGCUAACAAAUGGAAUACGGCUUUAAUCGCUUUAAUGACUUAUUAUCGUGAGGCUGCAAUUUCAACUCCAGAAUUGUUAGACGUAUUGGUGAAAUGUGAGUCAAAAGUCCAGACUCGGGUGAAAAUUUCCCUUAACUCUAAAAUGCCUAGUCGUUUUCCACCAGCAGUAUUUUAUUCACCAAAAGAACUUGGUGGAUUAGGCAUGCUUUCAAUGGGUCAUGUUUUAAUACCACAAUCUGAUUUACGCUGGUCCAAACAAACUGAUACUGGUAUUACUCAUUUCCGAAGCGGUAUGACUACGAAUGGGGAACAUUUGAUUCCUAAUCUAUAUCGCUAUAUUCAGCCUUGGGAGUCUGAAUUCGUAGACUCUCAGCGCGUAUGGGCUGAAUAUGCAAUGAAAAGACAGGAAGCCUUGCAGCAGAAUCGAAGAUUGACGCUAGAAGAUUUAGAAGAUUCAUGGGACCGUGGUAUUCCAAGAAUCAAUACUCUUUUCCAGAAGGACAGACACACCCUUGCAUAUGACAAAGGUUGGCGUAUUCGAACUGAAUUUAAACAGUAUCAAUUACUUAAAAACAAUCCCUUUUGGUGGACAAGCCAGCGUCAUGACGGAAAACUAUGGCAGUUGAAUAACUACCGUGUAGAUGUCAUUCAAGCUCUCGGUGGUGUUGAAGGUAUCUUAGAACAUACAAUGUUCAAAGCAACUGGUUUUCCUUCAUGGGAAGGUCUAUUUUGGGAAAAAGCUUCUGGUUUCGAAGAGUCAAUGAAAUUUAAAAAGCUAACGAAUGCUCAGCGUUCAGGAUUAAACCAAAUUCCUAACCGAAGAUUUACUUUAUGGUGGAGUCCAACAAUUAACCGAGCCAAUGUGUAUGUCGGUUUUCAGGUUCAAUUGGAUUUGACUGGUAUUAUGAUGCAUGGAAAGAUUCCUACGUUGAAGAUUUCCCUUAUUCAAAUUUUCCGAUCUCAUCUUUGGCAGAAAAUCCAUGAAUCAGUCGUUUGGGACCUUUGCCAAGUAUUUGACCAAGAAUUAGAAUCUUUGCAAAUAGAAACUGUUCAGAAAGAAACAAUUCACCCGAGAAAGAGUUACAAAAUGAAUAGCUCUUGUGCCGAUAUAUUGUUGUUUGCUGCAUAUAAGUGGAACGUUUCACGCCCGUCUCUUCUUAACGAUAAUCGCGACGUCCUUGAUAAUUCAACGACAAAUAAAUACUGGGUAGAUGUGCAGCUUCGUUUCGGUGACUACGAUUCCCAUGAUAUUGAGAGAUACACCCGUGCGAAGUUCUUAGAUUAUAGCACAGAUUCUCAAAGUAUUUAUCCAUCCCCGACAGGUGUUUUGAUUGGUAUCGAUUUGUGUUACAACAUGCACAGUGCUUAUGGUAAUUGGAUUCCCGGAAUGAAGCCAUUGAUUCAACAAAGUAUGAAUAAGAUCAUGAAGGCAAAUCCUGCUCUUUAUGUUUUACGUGAACGUAUUCGCAAAGGCUUACAACUUUAUGCUUCUGAGCCGCAGGAGCAAUAUCUUUCUUCUUCGAAUUACGCAGACUUAUUCAGCAACCAGAUACAACUCUUUGUUGAUGAUACUAAUGUAUACCGUGUAACAAUUCAUAAGACUUUCGAAGGUAAUUUGACUACAAAGCCUAUUAACGGAGCUAUUUUUAUUUUCAAUCCAAGGACUGGUCAAUUAUUCUUGAAGGUUAUUCAUACAUCUGUAUGGGCUGGUCAAAAACGUCUUGGUCAAUUAGCUAAGUGGAAGACUGCUGAGGAGGUCGCUGCUUUGAUUCGUUCAUUACCUGUUGAAGAACAGCCCAAACAAAUCAUUGUUACACGAAAGGGUAUGCUUGAUCCCUUAGAGGUACAUCUUCUAGAUUUUCCAAAUAUAACAAUCAAAGGAAGCGAACUUCAACUUCCAUUCCAAGCUAUUAUUAAGCUGGAGAGAAUAAAUGAUUUAAUUCUUCGUGCCACUGAACCUCAAAUGGUACUUUUCAAUUUAUACGAUGAUUGGCUUCAAUCUGUAUCUUCUUAUACUGCGUUUUCUCGUCUUAUUUUGAUUUUGAGGGCAUUAAAUGUUAAUACUGAGAAGACCAAACUUAUCCUACGUCCUGACAAGUCUAUCAUUACGCAAGCAAAUCAUAUUUGGCCUAGUCUGGAUGACCAACAAUGGCUAGAUGUUGAACCCCAGCUUCGAGACUUAAUUUUGGCAGAUUAUGCCAAGAAGAACAACGUGAAUGUCGCUAGUUUAACUAACUCUGAAGUUCGUGACAUUAUUUUGGGUAUGGCAAUCUCCGCGCCUUCAUUGCAGCGUCAACAGAUUGCUGAAAUUGAAAAACAAGGUCGCGAUAAUGAUCAGGUUACCGCUGUGACAACUAAAACAACUAACAUUCACGGUGAUGAAAUGGUUGUUACUACGACAUCGGCCUACGAAAACGAGAAGUUUUCUAGCAAAACAGAAUGGAGGAACCGAGCUAUUUCCUCUACUAAUCUUCAUCUUCGAACGAAGAAUGUCUAUGUCAACUCUGAUAACAUAAGUGAAGUUGUUCCUUACACUUAUGUCUUGCCUCAAAACCUACUUCGAAAAUUUGUGAUGAUCUCAGAUCUUCGUACGCAAGUUGCCGGAAUGCUAUACGGAAGAAGUCCUUCUGAUAACCCAGAAAUUAAGGAGAUUCAUUGUAUUGCAAUGGUUCCUCAAUUGGGUAGCAUAAAAAAUGUACAGAUUCCAUCCAGACUUCCAGAGGAUUUGCAGCUUCCAACUUUAAGUGAUUUAGAGCCUUUAGGAUGGGUUCAUACUCAAAGCUCAGAGUUACCGUACUUAUCUUCUGCCGAUGUAACCACUCACGCAAAGCUAAGCUCCAGUCAUGAGGAUUGGGCUGGAAAAUCGAUAACGUUGACAGUCAGUUAUGUGCCUGGUUCCAUUUCACUAGCAGCGUAUGGACUUACAGAUGAAGGAGUCAAUUGGGGUAGCAACAAUAUGGAUAUUAACAGUGAUGAGGCUGUUGGCUUCAACCCUGAGAUGGGUCAAAAGUGCCAGCUUUUGUUGUCUGAUAGAAUUCAAGGUUUCUUCUUAACUCCUGAGGAGAAUGUGUGGAAUUACAACUUUAAUGGUGCAAGUUUCAGCGGUAAUAUGACUUAUAGCAUGAAAUUGGAUGUUCCAUUGUCAUUCUUUGCUUUGGAACAUAGACCUACGCAUGUGAUAAGUCAUACUGAGAUGGAAGGAAACGAUCAUUUUGAAGAAGACAUGCCUGAUGCAUUCGCUUAAAAAGAAGGCUGUACACCUUUUUGGUGCACAUUGUAAAUUAGGGUUUAUCUGAGUCCUUGUCAAAGGUAAUGAGAAAUGAAAAGUAAAAAGUAACUACAGGAUAAUCUACAACUGUUGAUAAUGUAUAAAAUAUUUAGGUGAUUAAUUUUUAUGAUUUUAGAAAUAUUAUCUACGUUUUGUUGAAUUAAAUUUGUCAUAUAUUUGUUUCUAGCAAGUACCGAAAAAUAAAGUAUCAAUCAAUUCUAAAA